UCGUCCGUCCUUCAUUUCAAACUAGAACAUUGUAUUGUCAACAGAACAGCAAAGAGGUGUCAAAAGGGGCUCUCCAAAUAAUGCUUUCUAGGUCUGUGCAGGUGGCAGGGUUGGACCUGUUUGUGUCUUCCAGGGCAGCCAGUUUAAGAUGUCAAAAAUACUGUGCGCGAAGUCCGUCAAAUCUUAAGGAAAUGCGGAUCCCGAGGAAAACGUCGCAAAUGGUCUCGCGACCUUGCAUUUCUUUUCGAGGCCUCCACAGUUCUACCUCCUGGAAUGGCAUUUUCAGUUCUCGGUCUACCACCGCGAAACCAUCAGAAACCCAAACAGAUGUCGAUCAACCUUUAACUCCUUUCCAAGCUCGAGUUGCGGAACUGGAGAUCAAGGCUCAUGCAAAUAAAGAGGAUCCGGAUGCCCAGCUUGAAUUUUUACGCCAGCUUUCCGAAGGAGGAGAAUUCGCCGGUUUGGUGGCGUACUACGAAGGAAUGGCUCUUGCCGAGGAUACAUCUGGAAGUCAGGCUCUUCUGAGGAAUGAUGAAGCAUGGGCCAUAUUCAUGGAUGCAUUGGCGAGAUCAGGCAGGUUGGGUGAUAUAGUGACUAAGGUCAGGAGAAGAGAUCAGCUGCUGGCAUCCAUAGGUGCUAAUGGCGGGUCUUCCUCGUCUGCGCCUCUGGUAUCUAAUCCUACACCAUCCUCUGUAUCAGCAAACAAUUCGUCAACCUCAACGCCUUCUGUCAGUUCUCCAGGUCCUUCAUUGACGUCGUCUUUGCUAAGCCGGGCGGUGUCACCGACUUCCCUAGCAAAUGCUUCGAAUGCUUCUACCUCUCAGUCUCAUCCUGGCGCAGGUUCUCCGCUAAAUCCGAUAUACGUACAAAUGGCCCCCCCUACUCCGCAGAUGAAUGCCUGGCGCGCUUUGCGUUGGGUGGCUGGAUUCCUGCUUUGGGGGUUUAUUAUUCUCACGGUCAUGUCGAUGGUGAUAGAGAACACUGGGCUACUGAAGGCAGGCCCUGGUCCUGUCGAGUUUGAACCAGAAGAGGGCAAAAUAGUCAAAUUCAGUGAUGUCCAUGGGGUGGAAGAAGCUAAAGCAGAAUUGGAGGAAAUUGUCGAAUUUCUCAAGAAUCCGGAGAAGUUCUCGGCUCUUGGGGGCAAGCUUCCAAAAGGAGUCCUUCUGACUGGCCCUCCUGGUACUGGUAAGACUAUGCUUGCUCGUGCUGUAGCAGGUGAGGCGGAAGUUCCGUUUUUGUUCGCCUCUGGUUCAAGUUUUGACGAAAUGUUUGUUGGUGUCGGAGCCAAACGUGUCAGGGAGCUGUUCGCUGCCGCUAGAAAGAAAGCUCCCGCCAUCAUUUUUAUUGAUGAGCUCGACGCUAUUGGCUCCAAACGAAGCGCCAAAGAUCAACACUACAUGAAACAAACUUUGAAUCAGCUACUUGUGGAACUCGACGGCUUUGAACAGGCGGAAGGUGUUAUCAUCAUCGCGGCUACCAACUUCCCUGAAUCUCUCGACAAAGCUCUUACCCGUCCUGGUCGUUUUGAUAGACAUGUUGUGGUCGGUCUUCCUGACGUCCGCGGGCGUAUAGAAAUUCUCAAGCAUCAUAUGUCCGAAGUGCAAUACGAUGUGGACGUUGACCCUAGUGUCAUUGCACGAGGCUGCCCUGGUAUGAGCGGUGCAGAUUUACAGAACCUAGUCAACCAGGCGGCUGUCAAGGCUUCCAGGGAUGGAUCGAACAGCGUUCAAUUGAAGCAUUUCGAAUGGGCUAAAGACCGUAUUUUGAUGGGAGCUGAAAGGAAAUCUCAUUAUGUGACAGAGGAGUCCAAGCGAGCAACUGCUUAUCACGAAGGUGGUCACGCUCUUGUUGCUCUACAUACUCCGGGGGCCAUGCCUCUACAUAAGGUUACUAUUAUGCCCAGAGGUCAAGCUCUUGGCAUUACUUUUCAGCUACCCGAACAAGACAAGGAUUCAUAUACCCGUCGCGAAUUCAACGCUAUGAUUGACGUUGCCCUUGGUGGCCGUGCUGCUGAGGAAAUGAUAUUCGGACAUGACAACGUGACAAGUGGAUGCUCAAGCGACCUUCAACGUGCAACAGAUGUUGCUACUAGGAUGAUUCGGAAUUACGGUUUCAGUGACAAAGUUGGAUUAGUUGCUCAUGGGGAUGAAGAAUCUGUCUAUCUUUCAAGUAAGAAGAAAGACGAGAUCGAAAGUGAAAUUCGGAGUUUCCUUGAUCAAAGUAUGACCAGAACGGAGAAUCUUCUCAAGACGCACGAGAAUGAGUUACAUCGACUGGCUGAUGCACUCAUUGAGUACGAGACUUUAUCGUUGGAUGAAGUGAAGCAGGUGCUAGAGGGGAAGCGAUUAAGCAGACCAACAACUGAAGGGGAAAGUUUAAAAGGUCAAGGUGAAAAGAGUGGGAAGGGUCCCAUUGUUGACGGCAUUUAGCUUCUAAGAAGAUCACUAUGCAUCGGUCACAGAAUAGACGUCAAGGAGCGGAUGCUAACUCCUUGUUGUUUGGAGCCGAGUUAUUGGUUCUGGAUCUUCUUCUAUGUCCUUAUAUUCAAUGUCUGAACGAUGAUCGACAUCCCCGUGCAGUAAUAGGGGAUAGCAAAGAGUCGACGGCAACUUAAGAAAGACAAAAACUUUGCUGCCUAUCAGAUAUCAGAUAAUCUUGAUAUACGCACCUCGUAAGGCUCAUUAAUCUUGUCUGUUGUUG